UGGCAACUCUUUUACUAAAAAAGCAAACACGAGCCGCAUCGUCAACCACACGCAAAAAUUCAAAGAAAAACAUUAAAAUUGUUGCUAAAUAAUAGUACGAAGUGUAAAUAAAUCAACAAAAAUUAGCGCAAUAUUAACAGAAAUAAGAAAUCGUUGCAACUUCACUUCGUGUAGUACAAACUACGUUUUGAAAGCCGAGAUAAAACCGCUCGAAAGGCUCGCUUUUGCCAGAUUCAAAGCAACGCAGACGCACAACAACAAGGUGCCGCGUGGAGCAGCACUACCAGUUUACAAUAGAACGGUAUUAUUAAGCCGCAGCACUGAAUUCGUGUCACGCACCCCUGCCGCUAGUCCACAGGAUGGUACCAAUUGGUGCUGUACACGGUCACCCUGGCGUACAUCCACCGCAGCCGAUGCCAACGGCACCCACGGGUCCUAACACACUGCAAUCAUCAUCGUCGGCCGCAUCUAGUGCACCCUCCAAUAAAAGUUCAAUGUCUGUUAAACCUAAUUAUGCGCUGAAGUUUACUUUAGCUGGGCAUACAAAAGCAGUGUCAGCUGUUAAAUUUAGCCCGAAUGGUGAAUGGCUCGCUAGCUCUUCGGCGGAUAAAUUGAUUAAAAUUUGGGGUGCAUAUGAUGGUAAAUUCGAAAAAACAAUAUCUGGUCAUAAACUUGGUAUUAGCGAUGUUGCUUGGUCUUCUGAUUCACGUUUACUGGUAAGUGCCAGUGAUGACAAGACACUCAAGGUAUGGGAAUUGAGCUCUGGAAAAUGUUUGAAAACACUAAAAGGACAUAGCAAUUACGUAUUUUGCUGCAACUUUAAUCCGCAAUCCAACCUAAUUGUCUCUGGCAGUUUUGACGAAAGUGUACGUAUAUGGGACGUACGCACAGGCAAAUGUUUGAAAACACUCCCAGCGCAUUCUGAUCCUGUGUCAGCCGUACAUUUCAAUCGCGAUGGGUCUCUGAUUGUAAGCUCAAGUUAUGACGGACUAUGUCGCAUAUGGGAUACAGCAAGCGGACAGUGUUUAAAAACUUUGAUUGAUGAUGAUAAUCCACCUGUAAGUUUUGUUAAAUUCUCACCCAAUGGCAAGUAUAUUUUGGCUGCAACUUUGGACAACACUUUGAAACUGUGGGACUACUCGAAGGGAAAGUGUUUGAAAACAUACACCGGCCACAAGAACGAAAAAUACUGCAUAUUCGCAAAUUUUUCGGUAACUGGCGGCAAGUGGAUUGUUUCUGGAAGUGAAGACAAUAUGGUCUACAUAUGGAAUUUGCAAAGCAAAGAAGUCGUACAAAAGUUACAGGGCCACACAGACACUGUGCUCUGUACGGCUUGUCAUCCUACUGAAAACAUCAUAGCUUCCGCGGCACUAGAAAACGACAAGACAAUUAAAUUAUGGAAAAGUGACACUUAAUCAAACAGGCCGCUGCUAGAGAACAUCCAUAUAGUGUAUUAAUUAUAAUAGUUUAAGAAAUCAUUUUCAAAACAUUUAUUAUAAAUUGUAAUAACUAAACCGAUUUGAACAAACAUCUUUAAACAUAUAGAAUAUCAUUUCUAAUGUCUGUGUAAAGGUUUAUUUUCAUCCAAAUAAAGUGAAAAUUUU